AUGCGGAUAACUUACUACGAUGAAGCCGGUUCUGACCUACAACACUUUGCCCGGUCCGGUGUCCAACCAUUAGAAGUCAACAUGUCCGGUUCCUUUGGGCCCGCGGCUAAAUUCGUAUCAACACUGGCAGCUGCCAUAGACAAAGCUCCAUGUCCGACCAAAGCGCUCGUCUUGACAAAUCCCCACAAGUUGCUGGGUCAAUGCUACCCGCAGGAAGUCCUGGAGGCCUGCUUGAGAUUCUGCCAGCAACGAGAUAUUCAUUUUAUUUCCGACGAGGUAUAUGCAUUGACGGAAUUCUCCUGUGCGGAAGUAUCGGACCCGGCUCCAUUCGUUUCUAUUUUGUCCUUGAACACGCGCGCGCUGAAAUGCGAGCGCUCACGAAUACACACUAUAUGGAGCACUGGCGUGGAAUUCGGUGCGAGCGGUUUCCGACUGGGAUGCAUUGUCUCACAGGACAACCCAAAACUCAUCAACCGACUCGCCCUGAGCCCGAAUUCGGAGAUCUCGUCGCUAUCUGCGAUACUCACAACGAACAUCCUAUCAUCGCCCAACCUACCAUUUUUAAUUGCAUUGAGUUCAGCGCGGCUUGCGGAGGCUUAUAUUUGCAUCACGACGUUCUUUACUGAGCGAAACAUCAAAUACAUCCCAGUGGGAGCCGGUUUGAACCUUUUUGCCCAAUUAGCGCCGAAAGCAAAGACAUGGAGCGAAGAAGACGACAUGGUCGAAAAAUUGCGAGGCGGGGGAGUGCUUGUAAGCCCAGGUAGGCAUCACUACGGGAGGCCGCCGGGGAAAGGCUGGGCCCGCAUUUCGUUCUCCGUUGAGCCGUGGCGGCUUCAAGAGGCGCUGAAAAGAAUGGACCUCACCCUGAGCUCGAAGAAUGGGGUACCGCAAUAA